AUGGCCAGCCUUCCGACCCGGAUCCGGCAAGAGUCCCCACCCCUCCUCCUUCCGUCGAGCUCCGCGCCCUCCUCCUCACUCCGUCUUGUGGCCCAAGCACCCUUCUCCACCUCCGAACCCGCACCCUACGUCCUCCAUGUCGUACCCCUCCCGACCUCAUCAGGCGGAGGCUACCUCUUCGCCUCCUCUGACGACACGAUCCAACACUUCUCCGCCGAGCUACAGCCGCUACGGGUGUUGAAGUCGUCGCAAAGGGGGAUCACGUCGAUGACCCGUGGAGCUGGGGAGGGGAGUACGGCCGUAUUCAUAACGGCGAGGGAUGGGACUGUCACGGGGUGGGAUACCAACGAUUUAUCCAAGGAGGCAUUCAAACUAAGAAGUGAGUGAUAGCAAAUCACGGAUGGUUGCGAAGCGCGUAGAAGGGGGGUCGUCGGCUGAUAGGGGGUUUCUUUGAUGACGUGCAGGUAGUAGUGGAGCCGGCCUUUUAUGCGCGAGUCAGAGCAGUGAUCUCUCAUGUCUCGCGGUCGGCGGUGAAUUGCACCAUUACGAAACGACGAUCGACCUGUGGUACGUUCUCCGAGACGCGGAUGCGAAAAACCUUGACCCAUUCUUCAACCUCGGCGCUCACCCCAAUCUCAACUGCUAUCUCAUCCAGGAACCUCGCCACCCUAAAGCUACAACACACCUAUACGGAAGCCCACUCGGAUGACAUCACCUCGCUCAAAUUCCACCCCUCCCCCUCGCUCCCGCACGUCCUCCUCUCCGCGUCCGUCGACGGCCUUCUCAACACCUACGACGUACGGAUACAAGACGAGGACGACUCGGUCCUCAGUACGAGUCAAGUCGGGACGUCUUUGAUUGAUGCGGGGUGGAUGGCGAGGAUCGGACAUGCGGAGGAGGUCGCUUCGGGGGAAUGGAAGGGGGUCUGGGCAACGACGACGAUCGAGACGAUGCAGUUGUGGGACGUUGAUGAUGUGAGUCGGCUUCAUUCGCCCGCGUGUGCCUCUACAUGUUCGAAACUGACGACCAGUAAUUUUUAUUUUUAUUUUUGUCUCUUCAGCAAUCCCUGAUCAAGGAUCUUGGAGACAUUCGGGAAGUCGCGUUAGAACCAUGGCGAUCGGACUAUCUCAUCUCGGCAACUUAUUCCCCCCACUUGGGCGGCGUGGCUAUUUUCGUCGGCACACAAAAGUGAGCAUAAGCAAGGAAGAACAAACUAGCUGGAAGUCGAAAUUCACUCAUAGUUUUUUAUCGGACCUUUUCUUCAGAGGCGACGCAGCUUUGUUGAACCUGUCGGACCCUAGGCGUUGGAUCCUCGAGCAAAAUUUACCAGGCGUCGGUGGUCGAACACUCGGGGGCAAGGGGCAUGGCGACAUCGUCCGAUGCGCGACUAUGAACACCCAGGUCAGUGACCAUCUUUAGUUUUUACUUAGUGCGAAGUGACCGCCCAUUCGACGAAGGAGCUCCCACAGGCCGAGCACGGCACAAGCACGGCCGAAACAGCGCGCGCCGAGCCAAACCCCAACUUCUGGGAGUGACGUCGUGGCUAGCGCCAACGCACCACGAGCUUGUCGGCUGACCUUCCCCUUUCUUGGAAUUGUAUUACUUCUGCACAGACGGGAAUUGUUGCUACAGGUGGUGAAGACGGUAGAGUAUGUUUAUGGUCGGUGUAA